AUGCGGUGGGUCUCGCUGGUGGCGCUGACGCUGCAGACCACGGCCCAGGUCCUUGUCAUCAAGUGGGCCGGGGCGGAGCGGCGGGGCGGCGCGGAGCCGCGGUACCUGCCGAGCACGGUGGUGCUGUUCACCGAGGUGCUCAAGACGUGUGUCAGCUUCGCGCUGGUGGCAGCCGAGAGCGGCGGGCCCGCGGAGGCCCUCGGGGUGGUCGCCGGCCACUUCUCGCGGGAGCCCGUGGAGGCCCUGAAGGUCUGCGUGCCCUCGCUGCUCUACACCCUCCAGAACAACCUGAUGUUCUUCAGCCUGGGGAGGCUGAGCGCCGCGGUGCAGCAGGUGACCUACCAGCUGAAGAUCCUGACCACGGCCCUGCUCAGCGUGCUGAUCCUGGGCAGGGUGCUGACCGCCACGAGGUGGUGCGCGCUGCUGCUGCUGCUGGCCGGCAUCGCCCUCGUCCAGUGGCCGCGGGGCGCCGGCGCGGCAGCGCGAGUGCCGGGGCGGGGGGCGGAGGCGCUGGCGGCGGCAGGCUGGGGCGACGAGGCUUUGGGCUUCGCUGCCGUGCUGGCGGCGUGCUUCACCAGCGGCCUGGCGAGCGUGUAUCCCAGAGGGGAAGCUGCUGAAGCAGACCGACGCGUCCAUCUGGCUGCGGAACGUCCAGCUCGGCGCCUUCGGCUCCCUGAUGGCCGCCGUCGUGGCCCUCGCGGGGGACGGCCCGCGGAUCGCCAGCGGUGGCCUCACGCAGGGCUACUCGGCCCGCGCCGCAUGCGUGGUCGCCACGAAUGCGCUCGGGGGGCUGCUCUGCGCCGCGGUGCUCAAGUACGCGGACAACAUCUCGGGGAGGCACCGCGCUCUCGAUUGUCCUCACGUGCGCGGUGUCGUUCGCCGUCCUGCACGAGCAGGCCUUGGACUUGCCCUUCGUGCUCGGGGCUCUGA